AUGCAUAGAGUUACAAUUGCUAUCUGCCCUACAGGUCACAGAACUGAUGCAGUGCCAUGGAGAAGAGGUUGUUCACAACAUAAACAGGUGACUAUCAAUGAGGACCUGCCCAAUCCAAUGGAAAACGCUUGUAUGGAUUCUUUAAAGAAAUGUAUCUUGCAUGAUAAAUAUGUUGGUUAUAAGAAUGUACGGCUUUUACUCCACUUUAUUUCUCCAUUUAUUGGAUGUAUGUUUGAAAAUCAUAUAAGGGGGUCUUUGUGGGGGAAAAAACAGAAAGAGAUAACAAAAGCAAUUCAGGGAGCUCAAAUUAUAGGGCUUUUAUAA